GAAUGUAUGGAUGGAUGUAUGAAUGAUGGGUGAGUGAAUGUAUGGAUGGAUGUAUGGAUGAUGGGUGAGUGAAUGUAUGGAUGGAUGUAUGGAUGAUGGGUGAGUGAAUGUAUGGAUGGAUGUAUGGAUGAUGGGUGAGUGAAUGUAUGGAUGGGUAUGUGGAUGAAUGAGUGAAUGUAUGGAUGGGUAUGUGGAUGAAUGAGUGAAUGUAUGGAUGGAUGUAUGGAUGAUGGGUGAGUGAAUGUAUGGAUGAAUGAGUGAAUGAUCUCAGUAACAUUUCUGGUACUUUCACAGCGGUCACGCCCUGGUGGCUCCGCCCACUAGUCACGUGUGCAGUUGUAUUAAUAACAGCUCGGGCGCGCGCACGCAGUAGCUGUGUUAUGAUGGGGCAGCGCGCGCGCCUGGUCUGAGGGAUCAGUGUGAGGAGAAGUUUUAUAGAUUUCUGUAACCAAUUAUUCAUUAUUGUCGAUUACAAAAGUUAUAAAGGAAUUAAAAUCUAACAGUGUGUGACAGUGAGGAAGAGUUAGCGGAGGAUCAGCGCUGUCAGAGCGGAGAAGUUGAUAUCUGUGUAGUUAGCGCGGUGCUAACGGCUGAGAGGAAAUCCUGUCAGAGCUCAGCCUGAGGGAAACACAUUAAUGAUCUAAUAUCAGCUUCUGUCACAUCAUUAUAACUGAACAGUGUUUAUAAGCUCAGAUCUGUAACCGCAGCAGAAUGUUCAGCUGGGUGAGUAAGGAGGGGAAGAAGAGGGAUCCGGAGCUGUUCGAGACGGUGGCGGAUGGACUGAAGCGGCUGUACCGGACUAAGCUGCUCCCGCUGGAGGAGAUGUACCGCUUCCAUGAUUUCCACUCACCCGCCCUGGAGGACGCGGAUUUCAGCAACAAGCCCAUGGUGCUGCUGGUGGGUCAGUACUCCACCGGCAAAACCACCUUCAUCCGACACCUGAUGGAGCAGGACUUCCCCGGCAUGCGCAUCGGACCCGAGCCCACCACCGACUCGUUCAUCGCGGUCAUGCACGGCGAGCAGGAGGGGGUGAUACCGGGGAAUGCCCUGGUGGUGGAUCCCAAAAAGCCCUUCCGCAAGCUCAACUCCUUCGGAAACGCAUUCCUCAACAGGUUUGUUUGUGCUCAGCUGCCCAAUCCGGUGCUGCAGAGUAUCAGUAUCAUCGACACACCAGGAAUCCUAUCUGGAGAAAAGCAGAGGAUCAGCAGGGGUUAUGACUUUGCAGCGGUGCUGGAGUGGUUUGCUGAGCGUGUAGAUCGGAUCAUCCUGCUCUUUGAUGCCCAUAAGCUGGAUAUUUCGGAUGAGUUCUCCGAGGUGAUCCGUGGUCUGAAGAACUAUGAGGACAAGAUGCGUGUGGUGCUGAACAAGUCUGAUCAGAUCAGCACUCAGCAGCUCAUGCGGGUGUACGGCGCGCUCAUGUGGGCUCUCGGGAAGAUCGUGAACACCCCUGAGGUUCUGCGGGUCUAUAUCGGAUCGUUCUGGACGCAGCCUCUGCUGGUGGCAGACAACCGGAAGCUGUUUGAGGCUGAGCAACAUGACCUGUUCAGAGACAUCCAGAGCUUACCACGAAACGCCACACUGCGCAAACUUAACGACCUCAUCAAGCGGGCACGCCUUGCAAAGGUACAAGCGUACAUCAUCAGCACCCUGAAGAAGGAGAUGCCUAUGUUUGGAAAGGAGAAUAAGAAAAAGGAGCUUAUUGCUAAUCUGGGAGAUAUUUACACCAAGAUUGAGAAGGAGUACGGGAUCUCUCCAGGAGACUUUCCAAAACUCUCCAAGAUGCAGGAUCUGCUGCAGUCUCAGGACUUCAGUAAGUUCCAGGCUCUUAAGCCAAAGCUGUUGGAGACCGUGGAUGAUCUGCUCGCAAACGAUAUUGCACGUCUGAUGACGUUGGUGCGUCAGGAGGAAUUGGCCACGCCAAGUCCUGCGGUGCAGGGUGGGGUCUUCGAGGGCUCGUCGGGCAGGCCUUUCAGCGACGGAUACGGAGAGGGAGUGUCUGAGGGCAUCGACGAGCUGGAGUGGGUGGUACAGAAGGACAAGCCCACCUACGAUGAGAUCUUCUUCAUGCUCUCACCUGUCAACGGCAAAGUGUCGGGUGCCACUGCUAAGCGUGAGAUGGUCAAGUCCAAACUGCCCAACAAUGUGCUUGGAAAGAUCUGGAAACUUGCUGACGUUGAUAAUGACGGUUUUCUUGAUGAUGAAGAGUUUGCUUUGGCCAAUCACCUCAUUAAAAUCAAGCUUGAGGGGCACGAGCUCCCAGCUGAGCUGCCCAAUCACUUAGUGCCUCCAUCCAAACGCCUUUAAUUAGUCCAAACUCCUGUAGAGAAUAACCACUAACCCUUAAUCACGAAGGCCUUACCCCUGAUCACCUGAUCAAAGCAAAUCUAGAGGGGCAUGAGCUGCUCGAUCACCUGAACCUCCAUCCACAUGUUCUCAUUAAAAUCAAGCACUACACAAGUAAAAUCUAUUACCUAGGAUCUGAGCCUUUAAAUCAGGGGUCCUCACAUUCCUUCAGUGUGUAACAGGAUCCAGGACCAGUUCUGAAUUUACUGGCCAGAAUUAAGGACCCUAAUCACCUUGUCAUAGCAAAGCUUGGAGAGCUCGAGCUCCUAACCAAUAAUCCAAUCACUUUGUGGCCUCGUCCAAAUGAUCAGCUCAAACACAAAUCUAACAGUAUCUAACCACUAAAUCAUAAUCCCUUCAUCAGAAUCAGUAAGUAGUCCAAACCAUGAGGAUCUAAAGCCCCAACUCUUAGACCUUACCACUAGUGUUAGGGUUAUGUAAGGGUUAAAGAGCCCGGUCACUUGCUGUCUGACCACAUGUGCCAAAUAAAUUCAGCCAUAAGAUCAAAACCUUAAUGCCUAAAUCCUUAAUUACUCGAUCACUGUGAAUUACCUUUAACCUUCAUCCACAUAAAUAACACUAAACUUAAACCUAAACCACCUGCUACCUCCGUCCAAAAUCUACUCACUAAAGAUCAAACCAUCAGCUUUCACUCCUGGUGCCUCACCGUAAUGCUUUAACUCAUUAUUUCACUUUGUAAACAUGUACCUGCAACCUGCAUGUGAACAGUGUUUUUACCUGUAAGCACCUUUUUAUUUUUAACUAAUUUAAUUUAGCAUUUAAGCUCCACCCACAUUCAUUCACCUGUCCUAAUCCACCAGUCACUGUAGUGCUGUGCUGUGGAAAUGAGCUGCAUCUGUUCACUGUUCAGAGUGUAAAUCACAUUUAACCCUAAAUCAUACAUUCUAAUGUAGACUAAAGCUCUGACCCCCCUCACGGCUGAGCUCAUUAUUGUGAAGUGAUCAGAGUGAAUUACAACACAACACUACAGGCUCCAUAUUACACACACUGUAUUAUUACAGGAGGAGCUCCUCACUCCUUUACAUUUUCAUUUUCUCCAAAUAUUCAUUAUUCUAAUCAUAAGUAAUAUAAAGAAUUAUAAUUAAUAUUAGUCUUUAGUGUAUCUAAUGUAAUAAACAAGUUUAUUAUAUGUAUUAAUCAUUUCAGUCUUAACUCUUUUUGGUUUAAACAUGUUAAACUGUUUGUUUUCCCAGUUCUCUAUAUAUUCAGGUUAAUAAUUUCUGAUUUAUUUUAUAACAGAUUUGACAUUAAACAGUUUAAACAAUCAAACACAAACACAUCUCCAGCUACACAAGAUAAAUGCAUUGUUGUGUUUACUAAUGUGCCAGAACAUCAUUUAUAAUUGCAGUGUUAAUGGUGGACAAUACAGCCCCAGCUCUCUGUUAUGUUGGAUUAAACUUUAUAUUGCAGUGAUGAUGUACGCUGUAUGAUUAAAGAAAGAGAAUAAUAAUAAUAAUACUAAUACUAAUAAUACUGCAUUACAACCUGCACUCCAAACUAAACACAGCGUUAUUCUCACCUCAUCCUAACAUUUACUCAAAUCUCAGUGUGUGUGUGUGUGUGUGUGUGUGUGUACUCAGUGCAUUGUUUAAUGUUUUAUUAUUUACACAUGUUUAUAACAUUUAGUAAAUUUACCCUGUUUUAUUUAACUUUCAAAUAAAGUUUGGUCUGUGAAA